ACCACCCAUUAUUAUUAAAUCCCCUUGACUUGCCAGCAGCAGGCCUUUGCCCAAAACUUAAAUCGACCGAUUCUCACUGGUGCCAAGCCGCCGCGCUCAAAACAGUGCGCUCAAACGCGCUGAGCUUAGUGACUAUGACAGACCACACGGACGAGGGAAUGGGUGGCAGCGGGAUGUCCCCCGCGCCAUCCGGAGGCAGUAUGGCUGGUGGGAUGGCUAUGGGCGGAAUGAUGGACUGCAACGGUGGCAGCAUUCCUGACCGCCAAGGGAACUUCCAGGGGCACGCGUUCCCCGGCACGAUUUUCAUCAUUUGGGGGCUCCACUGGUUUAUCUCUGCAAGCUGGCGCUACCUAUGCUCAACACGUACCGGACGCGCCUACCGGUCCCGGACCUUUGAGGGGUUGCUGCCCAUGAUUCCACAGCUCAACGGCUUCAACCGGUAUCCAGUGGAGCCGGUGCUCAAGGCGAUUGGCGGCCUGCUGCUGUUCAUCCUGCAGAUCACAUACGGCAGCUACAAGUUCCUGUACUGCCCGGACGGCGCCCGCCAGGGCCGCAUCGUCACGCAGCACCUCAACUCGUGGUCACACGCCAGCAUGAACCUGGGCUUCAGCCUGUCGGGUAUUGUGGAGCUGAUAGGGCUGCACAUCAAGCUGCCGGAGGGCACCCACCAGGUGAUCCUGUCUGGCGCCUUCUUCAUUGAGGCCAUGCUGUUCAGCCUGCACGAGAAGAACGGCCACCUGGACCAGACCGACCACUGGCUGCUGGCGCAGUGCUGCUGGGCCGGCGCCAUUUUUUCCGCGCUGGAGGCGGCCUGGCCCGAGGCCUUCCUGCUCACCGCCGGCCGCGCCGGGUCCAUGCUGCUGCAGGGCGCCUGGUUCUGGCAGAGCGGCUUCGUGCUGUUCGGAGGCAGCCUGGUUUGGAACGACCUGUUCAUGGGACGGGAGGACGAGGCGCCGGCAAUGUUCAUGCCGCUUGUGUUCGCCUACCACAUGCUGGUGCUGCAGGCGCUGAUGCUGCUAGUGUACAUGGUGGUGGAGCUGGUGUAUCGGCGCCAGUACCCGGGAACGCACAACGCCGUGCAGGAGCCCGAGCACGCGCCCAGCAAUGGCGGGUACGAGACGUCGCGCCUGCUGACGGACGAAGACGAGGCGCAUGGCCUCAAGUCCAUCCCGCUAGGCAACCUGCGGCACGAGGUCCGGCGGGUGUAAGGAGGGGGAGGUUAGCUUAUGUAGGACUUGGUUUGGAUGUGGCUGUGGUUGGGAGCAGGUUGCAGCCAGCUGUCAUGCGCGGAGGUGGUGUGCGCAGUUGGGGACAGGAGGGCUCCAGUGCAACACCUGUGCCGCGACGAAUGCAAGAUUGCCUAUUACAAAUUUGUUUUGGUGCAUGCAUUAUUAUUUGUUUCCGUGCGUGGAGCGAGCGGGUAUUGCGGAGCGGCUGCUUCUGCCGAUGCACUAAAUUUUCGCGGGUGUUGACGUGUGCCAUUGUUUGGGGCUAUAUUACAGUGUUUACGGUCAACAACUAGUGCGCAUACGCUGUCUCUAGAAUUGUUGCUUGUAGAACCUGCUGGUCAAGUCAGGAAGAUGUUGGUCCACCGGCAGUGCACGCCAGUGCGGGUCCAGCCGCCGAAGCACCUGGCACGGCGAGCUGUGCUGCUCCCUGCACGUCGUGGUGUCGCGGUGGCGCGUGCAGAAGCUGCUCCAGGGCUAGUGGCGACGGAGGCGCCCCCGCACGCCAUCACGCUGACGCCAGAGGCCCUCGUGCAGCUGCGCAAGCUGCGCGCAGACUUUAAGGAACAGAGCGAGGCCAUGCUGCUGCGCGUGGGCGUGAAGCAAGGCGGCUGCUCGGGUAUGUCGUACGUGAUGGACUUCGAGUCUCAGGACAAGGUGACGGACGACGACCACGUCAUCUCGUACGAUGACGGCUUCCGCCUGGUGGUGGACCCCAAGUCGCUGCUGUACCUGUUCGGCAUGCAGCUGGGCUACUCCACGGCGCUCAUCGGCGGCGGCUUCCAGUUCCAGAACCCCAACGCCACCGACUCGUGCGGCUGCGGCAAGUCCUUUGGCGUGUAGGGAAAGAAAGACGGUGCGGCGCGGGGCGGCGCAGCCGCGGCCAAGUGGAGUAAAGGAUGUUGACAGGCGGGAGGUUGUGGGAUAAGUACGGUAUGAUUAAAGUGGUUGCAUGGGUGUUGGAGGAGCGGUGGAGGAGCGGCGGCGCUGCCGGGUGCAGGGUUGUUUGUUGCUCAUGGUGUGGCAGGUUGCGGCUGGUGCUGGUGGCAGCAGCCGUUCUGCAGCUGGCAGACGUAAGGCCCUUCGAAAGAGAGCGCCGACUUGUGGACGGAGGGGCGGUGCGUGGCAGGGGCUGUAGGCGUGUGUAUGUUGGUGCGUGUGGAGCUGAGGGCAGUAGGUACUGCAUGGGCGUGUAGGGCACCUGGUAUGCGUUAUAGCAUGAACCGCGUGUGUACCGGCCCGAUGUGUCGUCGUAUGCGGAGGCUGUAGUUUGCAGGUCGGACACAUUCUUUGAGGUGCUGCAGUUGUUGAGCUGAGACACUGGCGUAGCACACGGAUGGCUCAUGGCUAUAGAAGUGAAUGACAGCAGGAACAAGAUCAUCAGGAACAUACAUAUUAAGAGCGCACAUGUGAAUCGGCUACAGCACUCGAAGUAUCAUAAAUGGCGCCGCUGUGCGUGCAAUGGAAUUGACGUUUCGGGCUAUCGCCGCCGCGUGCUAUGCGCCGAUGCAGCUUGUAAUACAAAGUUACA